AUGAUUUUUUCAAAUCUUAUUCUGCUGCUGUAUUUAUUUCGAAUUUGUCACACUCAACUCGGCGCAAUGUCAGGCUCACCACUCGAUGUAAUCUUUGAUCUUUACUAUCUGAAGUUGAUCUCAUUGGAUGCCGAGAGACAACUCUUGAGCCUUUGUCUUCAGCUAAAAACGUUUUGGCAAGAUCCAAGACUUUCGUGGAAUAUGACCGAAUUCAGCGGACUCGACGACAUCUUUGUCGCCGCCGAUGUGCUCUGGAUUCCGGACACUCAAGUCGGAAAUGCG